CCCAUGGCUGUGGAUUCUCCGUGGGACUAUCAGUUCCGGAUCAUCAUGCUGGGCGAUUCCACGGUGGGGAAAUCAUGUCUUCUGAAGCGCUAUGCCGAUGGGGUCUUUACGGAGUCCAUGAAUCAAACGGUGGGGGUGGACUUUUUUGUCCACUUUCUGGAGAUGGAGCCCAACCUGCGUGUCAAGCUGCAGUUUUGGGAUACUGCGGGCCAAGAACGGUUCAGGUCAGUGACACGUUCCUACUAUCGUAACGCAGCUGGGGGAGUCCUGAUGUUUGACCUAACCAACCGGGCAUCAUUUGAGAACAUCAGGAGCUGGCACCAGGAAGUGGUGGACACAGUCAAGCCUCACCGCCCAGUUUUCGUGCUGGUGGGGAACAAGAGCGACCUGGAGGCUGAACGGAAAGUGGGACAAAAGGAGGCUGAGAAGCUGGCUGUUUCCUUCGAAGCAAAGUAUAUCGAGACUUCAGCGAAAAGCAGCCGUAAUGUGGAGGCAGUUUUCCAAAUGUUAACUCUGGGCAUCUACGAGGCCUUGAAAAGUGGGGUGAUGAAACCUGGUCCACAGUGGGAUGGAGUGAAAACCAAACUGCCAGCGCCAGUUCAAUCAGAGGUUCCUGCUCAGGAAAAGAGAAAGAAGUGCUCUUGCUAGCUAAAGACGAGAGCCACGUUGCCAUCGGGACAACCGUUCUUGUGUUGACAAUUUUGCAAAAGAAUUUACACAUUAUGCUACACUGUGAGCUGUGAAGCCAUAAUUUGUUGACUAAGCUAUUAUGGUUUAAGUCCAUGAUGGGGAACGUAUGGCACGUGUACUACAGGUGGCACGCAGAGCCCUCCUCUGCGGGCAAACGAGCCCUCGUCCCAGUUGAGCUCCACUGCGCAUGCACACGGGUCUCCCGCCAGCCAGCUGGUUUUUCAGUCUUUGUGCAGGAGGUGGGAUGCAUGCAGGAGUCACACAUGCAUAUGUGGAGAGAACAUGGGAGGUUGUGCUGCAUGCAUGCGUGUGGGUGGGGGAGCACAAGGGGUUGUGUGCGCAUGCACAGAUCAGGGCGCAUGGGGAGGUCACACAUGCAUUAUGGGUGUGCGUGAGACAAAAAGGUUAGCCAAUACAAUACGUUGUCCUUGAUAUACUUGUUUAACACAUUCUUACACUGCUUCAAAAUUUGCUGUGUCUGAUUCUCCAGUGAAGUGUCAGCUUGAAAUAUGACAAGACAUAAGCAUCAUCUAACACAGUGUUUUUCAACCAC